AUGAGAGAGUUGAAGGAGAAAAGCAAGGGAGCCUUGCAAUCAAACAUAGUGGUGCAAGGGAAUAUUGACAAAAGUGGUUCUCAAAAAGGGAGUGCGAAGUCAAGAGAGUCAAAGGGAAAGGCCAAGGUGUCCCUCUUAGCAAACUUUGGGGAUAUUAGGGAGGAAUUUGAGGAGCGUCAACCAUGCUGCCUAGGUUCAGGCGCUUGUUAUGCCUGUGGUCAGACUGGGCAUAUACUGCGUGAUUGUCCAUCAAAGGGUGGCAGAGGUAGGGCCCACCCCACAGGAUCAGCGGCUGGUUCUUCAUCGUCUGUACGCCUUUUGGGGAAAGGUUCGCAGGCAUCAGCAGGUCGUGGUAGAGGCAGAGGGGGAGCAUCUAGUUCGAGUGGCCCUCAGAACCACAUUUAUGCGCUAGCGAGAUGA